AAAUUGCAUAAUACCCGCACGACGCGCACGAUAGCCUAAAUGCGUUACAAAAUUCUUAACUGCAUCCAACCCCUUCGGUGCACUUUAGCAACCCGGCCACCCCUACAAAUCUCCACGGUCAUAUCUGUUUCUUUUACUUUAUUUAUUUAUACUAUAAUUUUUUUUCAUGAGUGAACGGCCUUUCGCCAUAGAACUCUCCUGCCCCCUUUUCUCCCUCCUCCUCUUUGUACCAAUUAGGGUUAGGGUUUUAAAACCCCACUGCUAUUUCUCUCUUUUCCAGGUUCUUUUGUCUAUCGACUUUGUGUUUAGAUUUUUCCAAUUCGUGAAUUUCUUUUUUUUUUUUCCUCUUUGGGGUGGGGGGGGGUGUUUUGGACCUAUAAAUGCCUUAUAAUCUAUCUAUCAAAUUGAGAGGUUUUGGUUCCUUUACGUUUAGGAAUCGUUUGUUUGGGGUUUGAUUAGUUUAGGCUUAUAUGGCGCCCAGUAGAAAAAAAGGUACAAGUAAAGCGGCGGCGGCCGCUGCAGCUUGUCGUCAGUGGAAAGUCGGUGAUCUUGUCCUUGCUAAGGUUAAAGGGUUUCCAGCUUGGCCUGCUACGGUGAGUGAGCCAGAGAAGUGGGGUUAUUCAAGAGACCGGAAGAAAGUGUUAGUUUACUUUUUUGGAACCCAACAAAUAGCCUUCUGCAAUCCAGUGGAUGUUGAAGCAUUUACCGAAGAUAAGAAACAAUCUCUUUAUGUUAAACGUCGUGGAAAAGGUGCUGAUUUUAUUCGUGCUGUGCAUGAGAUUGUCGAUUGCUUUGAGAAGUUGAAAAAGGAGCAACCAGUCAAUGGUAGUUCUACCGAUGAAGUUGCUGUUAGGAGUGACAAUGUAGCAGUUGAAUUGACCAGAGCUCAUUUGGAGGGUGAAGCUCUUAACACAGUUGAAUCUUCAUCAAAGGAGAACCUUGGAGAUGAAAGUGAACCAGACUUUGAAAACGAGGAGGGUGCAGUUGCUGCAAAAGACGAUGUCUCCCAUGAUGGUGAAAUGGUAUCAGUUGUUCCUAUUAGCGUGGAGGUUAUGGAUGGGCCAGCUACAAAGGCUUAUUCUACCCGAAGGAAAAUUGUAGGUGGAAGCUCAAGAAAUGGUGCUAUGGAAAGAAGGGCUCCAUCUGCUCGCAGGUUGAGAAGUUCAUUGAGAACUGGUCAUGAAGUACUUCAAAAUCGUUUGUUGCCCUCUGGUUCUCACAGCAUGAAUGCUGGAUAUGGUGCUAAUACAGUAAGGGAUAGAUCUGCGAGAAGGAAUAAAAUGGAUGGAAACCCAUCAGAUGGUUUAGAGAGGAACAAUAUGGAACAACCCGCUUUUGUUUCUAAUGGCAGCACAGAAGAGAGUGGUUCGGAAAUUGCUACCGUCGACUCUGGUAACGUUAGCUUAAAUGAAGGCAGCAGUGUUGAAUCUGGUUGUAAACCUGUAUAUAGGUGUGCUGUGCAAUGUGAAUCGGAGGUUGAGUUGAGCCAAAGGCUUGAGUUCCAAAGUAGUGUGGUAAUACACAAGAAGAAACGGAAGCCCAAUAGAAAGAGGCUGCACACUGAUUUAGCCGAGUCCUGUGUUGGUUUAGACAAAGAUAUAUCUCCGGAGGCACCGACUGCUAGGACUACAGAUGUUUUGCCAGGUGACCCUGUAAAAUCUGAGGAAAAAAGUUCCAAGGAGUUGAAAGAUGAUGGUGAUGAGCACUUACCACUGGUGAAGAGAGCCAGGGUUCGUAUGGGUAGAUCGGCACCUGAAGGAGAGGUGCUAGAUAAUGAGGUUCUGAAUGAUGCAAAAUCACCAGGAGCUUCUGACAAGUUUUUGGAACAGGUAACCGAGGGAGAUGGAUCUUGCCUUCAGAACUCUACUUGUAUUAGAGGUGAUGCAUACGAUUCAUCUCCAUCAAAGAAAUGUUCUUCCAAGAGACCACCUUUUUGGGAGAUCCGUAAGCAGUUUGGUGGUUCGCUGGAUGGUGAAUCUACUUUACCUCCAUCCAAACGGCUUCAUCGUGCCUUGGAGGCCAUGUCAGCUUAUGCUGCAGAUGAUGAGAAACCAGAUGUGGAUGGGUUUUGUGACAUGAAGACAUCUAUCAACAGGUAUUGCCCGAGUUCGAAGGAGGUUUGCUCUGAGCUGUCUGGAGGUAUUAAACAUAAGAAUAACUCUGAUGUGGGUAGAAUGGGAAGCCCAGCUAGUGCUGUACAGGAAGACGCUACUAUUUUGGCUAGUGCUAAAGCGAUAGUAGCUCGGGAAGGCUUGGAAUAUUUAUCAGAAGUACCAGCUCUUACUACACCUUUAGGUUGUGAUGAUAGCUCAGCAAAGGUGUCCUGUGAAGAGAAAUGUGAUGUCUCGGAUGCUGUUAUACAGACGCCUCAAAAAGUGGAGUCAUCAAAUGACUGCCCUUCUAGCACUUUUGUUGCACAUUCUGCUAAUGCCAAGCCUGAUGAUGGUGAGUUGCAGGGUACCUUCAAAUGUGAAUGUUCCUCACCAGGGCCAGUCAUGACAUCUGAUGAAAAUUGUGAAAAUGAAGCUACAGAGUCGGCAAAACAUUUUGAAGAUCCAAUUUCUGAAGCUUCUGGGAGAUCUGCUGAUUGUGGAUCUAAUGAUGAGGUAAUAAUGAGUUCACCGCCAAAAGGUGGUAUUAUGGGGUUGGGUAGUGCAGAGGCUGAAUGUGGUAAAAAUAACAAGUUGUGCCAGGUGUCAUUAGAUGUGAGCAUUCAAGACAAUGAAGAGUCAAUUAAUAUGAAAGAAGCUGGAUCAGCAUCAAAGAAUUUAAGUGUGACUUCAUCUUCAAGUCCUGAAAAAGUUGUGGAUGUGUCACUCAAGGAGUUGCACAUGUCUGGUUUGAGCUCUGUAUCUGAUGAUCAAUUUGGCGAUAAAGCUGUUUCAACCACCCGUUCGACAUCCUCUCUUACUGAUGGGAUGGAUUCCUUUGCUAGGGCAUCUACACCAAAUACUUUAACUUGCAACAUAUCUAGCGCAGAUACUAGCAUGCAUGUAAGUGUUGGAAGCUCUAGUCCCUUGGCUCAUCAGCUACAUGACAAACCAAGGACCGGUGCGAAACUGAGCAGCAGAGGAGAAGAAGCCAGUGUUGCUUUGGGUUCCUUUGAGGCCACUCUUGGGAUACUGACAAGGACAAAAGAAAGCAUUCUCCGGGCCACACGUGUUGCUUUUGACUGUGCUAAAUUUGGUGUUAGUUCCAAGGUUGUGGAGAUCAUUGCUCAAAAGUUGGAAAGCGAGUCAAGCUUACAUAGAAGGGUGGAUCUUUUCUUUCUUGUUGAUUCUAUUGCGCAAUGUUCUAGAGGACUAAAAGGUCAUAUUGCUGGCAUAUAUCCUCCCGCGAUUCAGGCAGUAUUGCCACGUCUAAUAUCAGCAGCCGCGCCUGGAAGUAGUUCUCAGGAAAAUCAAAGGCAAUGUUUGAAAGUUUUGAGGGUUUGGCAGGAAAGGAAGAUUCUUCCUGAGUCAGUUAUUCUACCCCACAUACGAGCACUUGAAUCUGAUCGUGGUUCGAAUCGUGCAUUCUGCCGGCGUCCCAUGAGGACAGAAAGACCUUUCGAUGAUCCAGUUAGAGAAAUGGAGGGUAUGCUGGUCGAUGAAUAUGGAAGCAAUUCAAGUCUUCAACUUCCUGGGUUUUGCAUGCUUCCAAUGCUUAAGGAUGAAGGAGUAAGUGAUUCUGAUGGUGAAGGUUUUGAGUCUGUCACUCCAGAACACCCUUCUGGAAAGUCCAACAACGAGGAAGCCAUCCUGCCUAUUGAGAAGCACAAACAUAUCCUGGAAGAUGUUGACGGUGAACUUGAAAUGGAAGAUGUGUCCCCUGUGUGUGAAGGGGAAAUUGGUUCCAUCAGUUGCAGUGUUGGAGCAGAUUCUGCUCAGAUUUCACGUACUGAUGAUGGGAACGGUUUUGGAGGUCCCUUCCAUCCCCCACUUCCGAAGGAUGGUCCCCCAUCAUCUCCUCCUUUGCCAACAUCUCCCCCUCCACUUCCACCACGUCUACCCUCAGUUACACCUGCACCAUCUUCUUUUCCGCCUCCGUCUUCUAUAUUGAAUUCCGUCCCUGGGAGUGUUCAGUCAAAGUGUUCAAUGGGUUCCCAGAAUAUUAAAGACAACUUGCAGGAAGCCGUUUUUCAGCGAUGUACAGUUGCACAAGUUCAUCCGACAGUCUCAGAUGCUAUUCAUUGUCAGCCCCGUGACAGCAGAGAGAUUCAUGCUGAGGGACCAUUGAAGGUGCUCGACUCUGUUAGGUCACGUCCUUCCGGCAAUGGAGCUGUUUCUCGUCCACCAUUUGGCUUGUCUAAUGGAGUGCAUCCACCUGAUGGGGCUUCUGGCAAGGGCUUCCACUUGCGGCCACCUCACCCCGCUCCUUCAAAUCAGUUCUCUUAUGUUCAAGCUGAUCAGCGGAGGGAUAUAGCAACCCCUUAUUCCAAUGUACUCCAUAUGCAGAAUGCAGAUAAUAGAAGUUUUUCCAGAGAUCGUAAUGGAAUGAAAUCAGUGCAAUGUGAAAUUGGAGAGAGCUGGAUGGCACCAUCCCAUUAUUCUGGACCAUGCUUUCCAGAUGGCUCCAGAGGUCACUAUGCUGCUGGAUCAUAUCCUGUUCCACGUGAACCACCUUUACCAAGCCACAAGUGGGGUUACCCUCCCCGGGGUAUGAAUAGCAGGGAAAUCCUUACUCACAGACCACCGCCUGAAUACCCAAUUCCAGCGACAUCUAGAGGUCCUGGCUUUUGGAGACCAAGAUAAAAUGAUAACCCAAGCAUGGAAGCUACAGCUGCUGGUAGGUGCGGCUUGUUUAUACUAAUCUGAGUAAUUUGUGCGUGGAGGUGCACCGGAGGAGAGAGCAGUGAUGCUAUUAAUGCUUUGUAUAUAUGUAUCUUAGGCAUUCCGUUGCAAUUGUAGAGCGGAUAAUCCAACGUCUAGAGAGCUCUGUAGCAUAUUCCUAGGCAGCUGAGUUUUGUAUAUUAAUUAUAUUGUUUUUUUUUUCCUUUUUAUGUUGAUCAGCAGUUAUGGCCUCUCCUCUCCUAGUUAGUAUCAGAGGUCUGUCAACAACAUUUUGGCAAUAGUUAGGACAUUUCAGGUUAUUACUCGUCAUGUGCACCCAUUGUUAUAGAAGUCUCACAUGAUCUCUGUACAUUCCGGAGGAAUUCAUCUCUGUCUGCAUAACCAGAAUUGUAAAGCAGAAAUCAUAAGAUAAGUUAAAGUUGUGUUCUCUUGGUAGCAA